GCCUCUGGCUGCCCCACACACGCCUCUCCCGCCCAUCUCCCUCCAGCACGAUGGCUUCGGCACUGAGCUAUGUCAGCAAGUUCAAGUCCUUCGUGAUCUUGUUCAUCACCCCGAUACUGCUGCUGCCACUCAUCAUUCUGGUGCCCGCCAAGUUUGCCAGGUGUGCCUACGUCAUCAUCCUCAUGGCCGUUUACUGGUGCACAGAAGUCAUCCCUCUGGCCGUCACCUCCCUCAUGCCCGCCUUGCUCUUCCCGCUCUUGAGGAUUUUGGACUCCAAGCAGGUGUGUGUCCAGUACAUGAAGGACACUAAUAUGCUGUUCCUGGGUGGCCUCAUUGUGGCUGUGGCCGUGGAACGCUGGAACCUGCACAAGCGGAUCGCCCUGCGCACACUCCUCUGGGUCGGGGCCAAGCCUGCACAGCUGAUGCUGGGCUUCAUGGGCAUCACGGCCUUUCUCUCCAUGUGGAUCAGCAACACGGCCACCACAGCCAUGAUGGUGCCCAUCGUGGAGGCCGUGCUGCAGCAGAUGGAAGCCACAAGCAGCUCCACCGAGACCAGCCUGGGCGCCCUGGAGCUGGUGGACAAGGGCAAGACCGGCAAGCUCCCAGGGAGACAAGUGCUGUCUGAAGGCUCCAGUCUGGGGCAGCCAGAGAAGUGUAGCAGGAAGAACGUGUGCAAGGCCAUGAACCUGUGCGUGUGCUACGCGGCCAGCAUCGGAGGCACUGCCACCCUGACCGGGACCGGACCCAACGUGGUGCUCCUGGGCCAGAUGCACGAAUUGUUUCCUGGCAGCAAAGACACCGUGAACUUCGCCUCUUGGUUUGGAUUUGCCUUCCCCAACAUGCUGAUAAUGCUGAUGUUCACCUGGUUGUGGCUUCAUUAUGUUUAUGUGGGAUUCAAUUUAAAAAAGGCCUGGGGCUGCGGGCUGGAGAGAAGUAAAAGCGACAAGGCUGCCUACAAGACCCUGCGUGAGGAGUACAGGAAGCUGGGGCCCUUCUCCUUCGCUGAGGUCAGCGUUCUGCUCUGCUUCAUCCUGCUGGUCAGCCUGUGGUUCUUCCGGGAACCUGGCUUCAUGCCUGGCUGGUCGUCAAUCGCCUGGGUGGAGGAAAAGACAAAGUAUGUCUCCGACGCCACCGUGGCCAUCUUGGUGGCCGUGUUGCUCUUCAUUCUGCCUUCACAGAAGCCCAAGUUCAACUUCUGCAGCCAGACUGAGGAAGAAAGGAAAACUCCAUUCUGUCCCCCUGCGCUGCUGGACUGGAAGGUGACCCAGGAGAAAGUGCCCUGGGGCAUCGUGCUGCUUCUGGGGGGCGGAUUUGCUCUGGCGAAAGGAUGCGAGGCCUCGGGGCUGUCCAGCUGGAUGGGGAAGCAGAUGGAGCCCUUAAAUGCCGUGCCCCCGGCAGCCAUCAGCCUGAUCUUGUCCUCGAUCGUUGCCACAUUCACUGAGUGCACAAGCAACGUGGCCACCACCACCCUCUUCCUGCCCAUCCUUGCCUCCAUGUCACGUUCCAUUGGCCUCAACCCGCUGUACGUCAUGCUGCCCUGUACCCUGAGUGCGUCCUUUGCCUUCAUGUUGCCCGUGGCCACCCCGCCUAACGCCAUCGUGUUUGCCUACGGACACCUCAAGGUUUCUGACAUGGUGAAAACAGGACUAAUGGUGAAUGUAAUUGGAAUCUUCUGUGUAUUUCUGGCAGUCAACACCUGGGGACGGGUCAUAUUUGCCCUGGAUCAUUUCCCUGACUGGGCUAAUGUGACACUUAUUGAGACUUAGGAAGAACCACGAGACCACGACGCAGGCCCCGCCCACCUGAGGACUCCUGAAACGCCCAGCACACCUUACAGCUGAGCUUUGGGGUUCACACCCGGAAGGGACCCAGUGAUGCCCACACCCCGCCGGGUGAAGGCUAGGUAGGCUGGAGGGCAGGUUCGGACGUGAAGGGAGCCUCUCAAGAGGCAGCUGGCACCCUUCUUUCCCGGGGGCCUGCCAUCAUCUCUGGGACAGGCAGGCUGCACAGGGACCAGGGCUCUGGCUCCUGCCCCAACUCGGCCUUGUGCUGGCCUCACGCUGGGCUCUGAUGUCCACUUGCUUGGUCCCAGGGUCCUCUAAAUGGGAAUCAGAUCCCAGCUUAGGAGGUGAAAACACUACCUUCCAGAGCCCACGCCUCUUGCUGCCGGCUGUGGGCCGCCUCAGAUCACUCCUGUCACUUGGAAGGGGCAACCCAGCCCAGGGACAGAAUGUCUGGUCCUGGGAAGCUUCCCACUGCUGGAGUGAGAGUGGGAGUCAGAGCUUCCUGGAACCACCAGGAGGAUAGUGCCACCGCCAAAGGAGGAGGAAUUUGAGCGGACGCUUCUGGACAAUAUCACCCGCGCUACGCCAUUGACGAACCAGCUCCCCUCCGUGCCUCACUCCAUUCGAACUGAGCAUUUAGACCCCUUCGCCAGCUUUCCAUCACAUCUCCUUCACCUCCUGGGUCCCUUUGUUUUCUGGGCCAAUAUUCACUGGGGUCCCCUGGCUGGGGCCCUCCUGCACCCCCUUUUCUUACAGGCAGGUCGCCUUGGCUCUUCUGGGAGAUGCCCUUCCUGUCACCCCACACAGCUGAGAUCACACUCCAAGUACGGGCAGCGAUGGCCCCUUUGGGUCACAGUUGGGUAUCUAGGCCCUCCCUCACCCGCAGGCCAGAGUGGAUGCAGCUGUUAACUUCCAAGAGCAGGGUCCCUGCAGCGUUUCUGCCCGGCCAGGGUUCGCGUGACCCUGGGGAAAGCCUCCCCUUUGCUGACUGGCCUUCGCAGCCGUGCCCUGUACAGUCCCUCAGCAUCCACGGGGGCUGGUGACAGAGUGUCACAGAGAAUGAGCAGUGCUUGGUGGUCCCUGAGCAGACAGACCCUGCCCAUAAGUGAAUCUACCUGCAGUUGCUGGAGCAAAGACCCUGAAUGGCCAUGGGGACCCUCAGAACUCCUGUGAGGGAGACAUGAGAGACACUCACCCUCUUUCCCAGCAACCCCAUUUUCUUCCCUCCUGCUGCUGCUCUGGAAGGGAGGCAGUAUCAGAUAUACGAGGUCCAGGGAUGGCAUUUUUCAGGGCCGGAGAAAUUAGGGGAACCCAAGGAAACCCCCUCAAGGACUGAGCAUGUACCUGGUUCCUUGGGUAGGAAGAUUCUUGAUCCCCCCCACCCCGCCAUCCGCCUCCCAUGGGAAGGUGCGCUGAGCUGACUGUCUCUGGCCCUCUGCUGUGUGGGUGGGGUCGGGGGGCAGGCGGAUGAACCAACACUCACUGUCCCCCUUCCCGUGGGCCAGGACCCCUGCAGCUGGGGCAUCCACUGCUUAGGCUCGUUUGACAUUCGCAGCAGCCCUGUGACACAGCCAGGUGUUAUCCUUGUUUGUCGUUCAAGAAUAACGAGGCUCAGAGAAACCAAGCAAGCCAUGCGUCCCAUCACACAAGAAGUUGGCGCUGAGAUCUUCAGCUUCCAUGUCCAUUGCUCCUUCCUCUAGUCAUUAAGGGCCUUGGCCUUACAAGGCCUGUGGGGGAAAGUGGGCAGCCAAGAACAAGUCCGCCCCAAGGCCCUGCCUGCUCAGGGAAGAUCAUCAAACCAGAGCCCCUUUCUGCCGCUUCCUCCAAGACGGGCUCAGGACAGUGCUGGAACAGACAGGGCUCAUCUUUGCCUGAAGAAGCAAAGUAUUUGUUUGGACAGAACCGCAUGAAAGUGCCUACCUGCUCUCCCACUGAGGUGAAACUGAUCCACCCCCUGUUACUGCUCUCUACACCCCUGAGGACUUGUCUGGCAGCCAGUCUGCGGGCUCCCUGAGGACCUGCCCUGCCCGCUGGGUCCAGUGCCAGCACUGUGACUGACCCAGAGCAUGCCACCCUAAGUGUGAUCAGUAAAUAAACAAGUGAUCAAUGUGGUCAAUGAGAUGCACGCCUUGCGGUAGUGGGCAACAUCAGUGAAGGCCAUCCGAGGCGGGCACUGGAAGAUGAGUAGGACUGGCCAGGCCGAUGAGGGGGGAUGUGGUGAGGUGGGUGGAGGCCUCUACCAGACUCCCCCUGCUUGAGGGUUGACAAGAGAGCUGGAUGGGGGCUUGAGGAGGGCGGAUCCCACGGCUGAGGAGGCUGAUCGAAGGCUGUUUCUAUUCAACGCUGCUUGAAGUUGGCUCGAGUUACAGUAAGAGUUAUGGCCAGUGCCAAACAGGAUUGCUUUUGGCUACAAGUAUGAGAAAAACUCAGCCAACGGUGGCUUAUACCCUAAGGGCACUUAAUGUCUGCUUAACAAGGAGUCUGGAGGUAGAGAGCUGCUGAUACUGGCCCAGCAUCUCACUUGGGCCACCAAGGACUUGGGCUCCAGCAUCCACUCUGCCAUCCUAAGGGUACCUUGCCUUUCUUUACUCUCAUGCUUGACCCUCAUGCUACAUACACAUCUGUAUUGAAGGCAGAAAGAAAGAGGUAUGGGGUGGGGGCCUGACCGUGCCUGCUUCAUCUUUCCAUUUUCUUAGGAAAGCAAAAACUUUCUCAGAAGCCCCCACCGACUUCCCUUUAUGUCUUAUUGGCCAGAACAAGGUCACGUGCCCAUCCUUCAGUCAGUCAUUGACAGCUGGUACUUGGAAUACCCUGAGACCAAUUAGAACCCAUCACUUGGGCUUGGGGAACUGGCCUAUGUGUCCCGAAAUGACAAGAUUUCCACCCACUUCAAAAUCUGGGUCCUGGCAGGAAAAAAAGGGGGAGCUAUUGGAGAGGUGAUGAGUAGGAUCUGGCGUUGGGACCCUUUCAGAGGGCUGCCCUCACUCCAGCCUGCUUGAGUGACUACCUUUCCAUGGAAUUUGGUAGAAACAUAUUCCCAGGGAGGAAGAGAGUACAUGGUUGUGUGGUCAAGGGCUUCAGCUCUGCUUCCAGUUCCCAAAGGAGAGGAUUCCAGGAGGCCCCCUGGAUGGGGAGGCUAGAGUGAGAGUCAUGGUUGAGAUUGGUCCCGACACCUGACACAAGUCAGUCCUCUCUGGGCCUCAGCUUCUCUCAGGGAGGGGCUGGACUAGAGGACCUGGAAGGGCCUGUCUCCCCUACCCCAUCUGAUCCUUUAUCCGCUUGGGCCAAGUGCAGUCCUGUCCCUGGUCCCCAUGCUGUCUCAGCUUGGGGUCUGUUACACGCCUACUCCCUGUCCCCCUCUGGAUCUUUUUGCAGAAGAAAGGGACGUUGCUGAAAGCCCUUUCAGACCUUUUCCCCAUCCAUAUUUUGCUUACAUCUCGUAAAGGGGUUCUAACCCAAGACCCUUUAGUUCUGGGUCUUGGGUGUAAGGCAUCUGGAUCAGACAUUUGGACUGCUCGCAGCAGUUUUGCCAGGAAUCUAUGAGGAUCCUAUGUAUUUGAAAGGUCAGGACCCUGGGUUCCUCACCCUGAUACCACAGUUGGAAUCCUCUCUUGUCCCUCUGAGCUGAGAACUUCCUUUGGAAAAGACCCGGGCCACCUCCCCCGGCAGGACCAGUGAGCAGGGCCUCCCCUGGGACGCGUGGAGUUCUUGCUCCUCCAUGUGACUUCUCGAACACUCACAGAAAGAGUGGACAGCGAGGCUCUGGCUCUGGACCCCGAGCAGGGAAUCGCGUCAGUAGCACAGAGCGCAGUUCUCAAAGUCAACACGGACAUUCUUGUGUCAGGCCCUUGAUGGCAUAUUCCUGUUUGUGGAAAAAGCACCAGCUGCAGCUGCUUGAUUAAAAACUAUACCAUGCGGUCCUGUUCUCAGCUCAGAGCUCUUUCCUCCAGGACUCUCUCCCCCUGGUCCCACAGCCUCUGGCAGGCUUUGUGUCCCACCCCACCACAGAAGCUCUUUUUCACAUUAAAAAAAAAAUUGCGUCAAGAUGGAUCUUUCAUGGGGUGAGUUUUUGUAUUCCUUAAAUAAAGCUUACCACUUCAGGCUGAAAUCCUUGCCAUCAGACAUUCAGUUUAUUUCCCUCCGUGUCCUAAGCCAGGGCUCACGUUCUGCAUUCCCACUUCCCUGCCCCAGGGAAUGUCUUCCAGGUGCUUCCUGGAUCUGCUUGUCCACACGCCCACCCCCGCCUGAGAGACGGCAGCUGCCUCAGAGACGCAGCCGCCUGUGGCCAGCAGUUCUAGGGCAAUGCUGAUGUCCUUGCUUCCAGACACCAAGGAUAAAGAAAUACUAAAAUUCAAUCUCAGUCAAGAAAUUUAAACUAAUUUUUAUAUUUAAAAACCUAUGAACACAGUGGAAGAAAUUUCAAUGUAUAAAAACGGUUGAGACAUGUCUGCCCACUUCAGAGGCCUCCACCCCUUCCAGAAAGACAGGCACCAUCAUCCAUCCCUCACACGUUCUCCUGGAAAUGUAACAUACGUGUGAACUUAUGUGAUGGGUACAGGGCCUCCGUGUUACAUAUGGGAGCGUAUGAGCGCGUCUUCUGUCUUUGUUGCCACUCCCCACUCCUCAAUGCUGAUAAAUUUAUUUGGAGAUCAUUCCAUUUCGGGGCACAUUAAGUUCGACUAGGGUGUUUUCUUUUUAAUUCAAUAAGUUUUGUUUUUAAAUUGGGGCAAAAUGAAAUUCAGUGGAUCGCACAAAUCUUAAGCGUUCAAUUCCGUGAUGCAGACACGCCAUGUCAGUUACACUCCGUUUCCAUCUCCUUCCCUCUGAAAGUGCUCCUGCCCCCUCCCGUAAUCUGGGGCUUCCCUGGGCAGGCGCUGUUCUUAUUUGUUACCAUGGGUCUGCUUCCCCCAUUAAACUUCAUAUAAAGGGAAUCCUACAGCACAUACUCUUUUGUGUCUGAUUUAUUUUGUUGAGCAAAAUGUUUUUGAAAUUCAUUCCUGUUGUUUUGUGUACCCAGUCAUUCCUUUUGUUAUUGUUGCUAAGGAGUGUCCCAUUGUAUGACUAUGCCGCAAUUUGUUUAUUCUGC